CCCAUUUAUUUUGACAGCGUUUUAUGUGACUGCUGUAGGUAUUUGAUACAAUAAACAAACUUGUUUAAAGAUUUUAUUACAAGAAUAAACUAUCCAAAAUGACUACAACUGAUGAUAGACAGGUUUUCGCCAAAUUAGAAGCUCUUAAGGAAAUAAGAGCAAAAACGAUUCAACUUGAAAAACUUAAAGCCCGUUUAGUUUUUGAAGUGGAGACACAAGAUCAAGAGGAAAAAUGUUUAUCAGAAUACAAACAGGAAAUGGAUAUGCUUUUACAAGAAAAAAUGUCUCAUGUGGAGGAAUUAAGACAAAUCCAUGCUGACAUAAAUGCUAUGGAAGGUGUUAUAAAGCAGGCAGAGGAAUCUCGUAGCAGGUCUAUGAGUUCUGCUGUAAGGCUACAUGAAGACUAUAUGCCGCUUAAAAAUGAAAUUGAUCGUUUGAGAAGGGAAUGUUUGGGUUUGGAUCGCCUUCCUGAGCUACAUGAAGAGGAAGGAACCUCAAUUACACCAGAGAAAUUUACCCAACUGUAUAACUCCAACAAAUCUCAGACUCCAAGUUAUCAAAAAACUAGCGAUUGGACAAGACCCAUACCACCAACAGACACAAAUAUUAAUUCUAUGGCGCCGCAAAUGGCCCCCACGUUUAUGCCGCCUCCAAGUCCUUUGAGAUUGGUGACAAAUAAACCUGAUCCAAACAGGGGAAAUUUGGCCCCCACUUCUCACCAAGGCCCACCUACACCUACUUUCAGGUCGGAUCUUAGUCUAAGACAACAACCUCCUCCAAUGAAAUCAUGUUUGAGCUGUCAUCAACAAAUCCACAGGAAUGCGCCAAUUUGUCCAUUGUGCAAAGCUAAAUCCAGGUCUCGUAAUCCAAAAAAGCCAAAGAAGAAGGAUCAUUAAGAUUUUUUUGAAAGCAUUUUUUUAUUAAGUCCUAUUUAUUUGUAUUUAGGCAAUAUUUUAUACUUUAUGUGUUAACAUUAAGGCUUUAAUUUACUUAGUUCAUUUAUAAAUACAGUAAACUGUAGUUAAUAAUAUGGAUAUUAUAUGUUGCAAUGACUUUGGUACUUGAGAAUCUCUUAAGAUUAAGUUAAGAUUAAUGUUCUAAAAAAAUUACUGAUUUAAGUCCAAAAAUAUUUGUAAUGUGUUCAAAAACUAUAACUGUAAUGUAAUAAAUAAAAGGUUAAUUUCGGUUUGGAAUUAUUUAUUC